CAGCCUUCAAUGGAGACGCGGCGUCGGGAGCAGGAUUCAGCCCUGAGCGGACAGGAUUGCAAUUUGCAUUUGCAGCUGGUAAAUGGCCGCCUCGCAGGCUGCAGCAUGUCAGGUUAUGGCGCCAGCUCAUGCAGACUGUGUACUGCUGUACAUCAGGAUCAUCUGGAUUCUGAUGGUUUUACGUCCUGUAAGAAAUGGUCUGAAGAAUGCCAGCAAGGCGUGGCAGCAACACAUUGCAGGCUGUCAGCGGUGGAAGGGUCAUUCGACUCAUUCCAACUUCCAUGUCCUAUAGCUGCACCCAUGCAAGAGAGAGUGCCAAUGGAGAGCUGCCGUAUAAUACCGUAUGGUGCAUUUCGCUACUAGGUAAACAGCUUCAAAUGCAGUGAUCUACAUUGAGUACGCUUCCAGCUCGCAAUGCCAAUGUAACCUGCACCUAUUUUCCUUAUCUCCACGGGAACCCUUUUGCAACUGUCUUAGCUGCGAGCACAGGCCAAAUAUCUCGAAAGCGGUGGCGUAUCUGUUGUCAUGGCGGCUUCGUUUGGGACCGGCUCUGGGGUGCUGAAGAGCUGGCAGACUGCCACCAAAUGCAUCUUUCUGGUGCUGGUGCUUGCGACAACGGCGGUCGCUCUCCCCCUGGAGAAGAGACUUGAGCACAGGGCUGAAGAGCAGAACACACGAAGGGCUUUGUUGCAAGCGACCACAAUGGACGGAACCGCGCCCAUCGGCAUCGCGGCUCCAGCAUCUGGUUUCUGUAACUCGGGUAUGUAUCCAACUAUUUGCACGGUUCCUGGGACAGCGACAACCUAUUGCUGCCCUUCUGGAUACAGCUGCUUUCCCGGCACUGGCUACACCUGCUAUAAGCAGUCCCCCGACGGCUCCUUUCCAAGUCAGCCCUCCAACUUCAACUGCGAUGACGUCAUCGAGAUCACAAUCGACGAGAUCCAGGACGCUUUUGCUGCGGGGACGCUGACGUCACGUGCCCUGGUUGAGUGCUACCUGCAGAGGAUUGCAGACCUGGACAGCAUCAGUACGUUCAAGGGCCAGGUUGCAUACGCGACAAACGCCGUUCUUGAGAUCGACCCCAACGUGAUCGCCUUGGCGGAGGAGAAAGACAAGGAACGCGCGGCGUGUAUGCCAAACUGCAGCUUCAGCAAACUGCACGGAAUCCCGAUUGGACUGAAGGACAACAUCGCUUCGGAUGGGCUCAACUGCACUGCAGGUUCAUGGAAUCUACUGGGAUCGAUUCACAAAGAAGCCUUCAUCGUGACCAAGCUGCGCGACGCGGGCGGCAUCAUGAUGGCCAAGAUGGGCCUCAGCGAGUGGGCCUUCUUCAAGAGCUCCGGCGGCAUAUCUGGCUGGAACGGGAGGGGCGGACAAACCUAUAGCCCUUACGUGCGGUACCAGCCAAUCAACGUCAGCACGUUCGACCUGCCGUACUACCCGGAGAUACCGUCCGCCGUUCCGGUCAACCAAACGUUCACCAACACUUACAGCCCCGGAAUCAUCUCGGGGAGCUCCGGGGCUUCCGCUGUUGGGGCGGCUACGAAUAUCAUUGCGGUGACGGUCGGCAGCGAGACCGGCGGUUCCGUUCUGUCGCCAGCGGGCGUGAACGGCGUGGUGGGCUUUCGGCCGACCAACGGAGUCAUGAGCCGGAACGGAAUUGUGCCGAUUUCAAGUACCCAAGACACGGCAGGCCCCAUCUGCCGCACGGUCGCCGACUGCUUAUACAUGUUCGACGCCAUGGCUUAUGACGACUUGGCUGACCCGGUCCAUUCCGGAUCCACCCCUUGGCUGCCCCAAUAUACCCGCCCGGAGGGGGGCUAUCUGCCGUUCCUCGAUCCCAACGGUCUCGCAGGCAAGAAGAUCGCCGUCUUCCGCUCGCCCAACCCGGACGGCAGCGACGUGUACCCCUUAAUCCCAAUCAACGGUCCGGUUGUUGACAAUUACGCGAAACUACCGGACAUGCUCAGGUCCCGUGGUGCAAUCGUCGACGUUUUGCCAGACACCUUCGACUUUCUGAACUUGGACGGAUCGGUCUUCUAUCAGGACUUCAAAGUCGACAUGAACAUCUACCUCUCACAGCUUACCUGGAAGGAGGGUUACACGCCCCUCUACUCCCUCGCGGACCUCAUCGCUUAUGACAAGCAGUACUUCGACUUGGAGUUUCAGGGCGGCACGUGCUGCCGUGGCGACCCGGCAUUUGCCCAAUUCUACGACGACCUCUUUGUCGCGUCAGAGGAGACGGGCGACAAGAGGGAUCCCUUCUACGUCUCCUCCAAGAUGAACUCGUCCAUGAUCGCCGCCAGCAUCACAGACUGGUUCACAUCCAACGGCUACGAUGCGGUCGCGGCCGCGAGCAAUCUCAUUGGGACCUUCGCGCGUAUUGGCUUCCCCGGUAUCUCGCUCCCGUGCCCCCUCCAGACGACCACGUCCGGGACUCCCCAGGGGCUCACGUUUCAUUCUUACCCGUAUAAGGAGGGCGACCUUUUCGCCAUCUCGUAUGACGUCGAGCAGAACCUAUGCGGCGCGCAGACGCGCCCGCUGCCCACUUACUGCGACGGGAUAAGCUGCUAGACGUGGCUAGAUUGUCGUAUUUAUUGCUUGCUCUACCAGCUGGAGCUUAUUUAUGCAUAGGACUUCGUUAGUCUAGACGUGUUGUCAGAUUAGUCUCAGGACUGGCAGCUUGCUUGGCAACUUCGUUUCGCUUGUCCGAGAUGAUGCCCUGACAAAUUGGGCACUGUAAAAAGAUAAGAAGAUCAAACGCGCAAUUUCUCGUGGGAUCUUCCUUGGACUCCAUUAACGGGCCUGUUGUCUAGGUAUUAGCGACCGCUA